AUGUUAACACAUUCAAAUCUAUCAAAUAAUUUAAAGAUAAGAAAUAAAUUGGCUAACCAAAUUGACAACGAAGAAAAAAGACAACAUAUUCUUGGUAAAAAUCUAAUAAAACUUACCAACAUGGGUAUUGGUCCAAAUAAUAAUAAUCAUAAUAAUCAUCAAAAUAAUAAUAAUAGUAAUAAUAAUAAUAAUAAUAAUAAUAAUAAUAAUAAUAAUAAUAAUAAUAAUAAUAAUAAUAAUAAUAAUAAUAAUAAUAAUAAUAAUAAUAAUAAUAAUAAUAAUAAUAAUAACAAUAAUAAUAAUUUGGUCAUUAACAAUAACAAAAAUAAUUACAUAAACUAUAAUAAUGGAGGUAAUAAUUAUGGUAAUAAUACACCGGUUAACUAUAUCCAUAACAAUAGUACACCAAGACCAAGACAUUCAAGUUUAAGAACAAACCUAAGUGAUGAAGAAGAUAGCGUAUUGUACUCAUCUGAUGAUAGUGAAGAAAGUGAUUAUGAAGAAGAAGAAAAGAAGCAUUUAAAAUAUGCAAAUAGAAACUUUAGUGGCGUUUUAAAUAAUAAUAAUAAUAUCAACAAUAACAAUAUGAAUAAUAAUAUUAAUUAUAAUUUCAACAACAAUAACAACAAUGUAAAUAAUGUGAAUAUAAACAACAACAACAACAACAACAGCAGCAACAACAACAACAAUAACAGUAAUAAUAACAACCAAUUAUAUAAUAAUCACAAUAAUGGCAAUCCCAAUUUUUAUAUUAAUAACAACAAUAACAAUAGCAAUAACAUAGGUCAUAAUAAUAAUAAUAAUAACAACAAUGUAAAUAAUAACAAUAUCAGUAACAACAACAAUCUAAACAAUUUCAACAACUAUAACUAUAAUAAUAAUAACAACAACAACAAUAACAAUAACAAUAACAAUAACAAUAACAAUAACAAUAACAAUAACAAUAACAAUAACAAUAACAACAACAACAACAAUAACAACAAUAACAACAAUAACAACAAUAAUAAUAAUAAUAAUAAUAAUAAUAAUAAUAAUAAUAAUAAUAAUAAUAAUAAUAAUAAUAAUAAUAAUAAUGAAAACUACGUUGGUUCAUCUUUAAGUAAUAGUGCUGAUAAUACUGAAAGUAGCAAAUGGAGAAUUUAUCCUUCAACUAGGGCAAGACAAAGAAGUAUUGCAAGUGAAGAGGAUUCACUUGGUUCAAGAAGAAGUUCAUUAGGUUCCGCCAAUGAUAUACCAAAUAGUUAUCCUAUUUCGCCAACAAAACAACAAUUAUUACAUUAUGGUAUGCAAAGUCCAGUCUAUUCACCACCAAAUAAUCUUUCACCUUUAUCUUCUCCAUAUUUACAUCAUAAUAGUAAUAAUAAUAGUAAUAAUGGCGGUGGUAAUAGUAACAACAACAAUACAAAUUUUAACUAUGGUGGUAAUAUUGGCCUUGAAAGACCAAAGACUUCACCUUUAUCUUAUGGAGAAAGAGAUCCACCUCACGUAAUUAAUCAUGAUCGUAGACUUAAAACACCUUCUUUCAUUGAUGACAUUAAUGAAAAUAAUUUACAACAAUCUCAACACCAACACCAACAACAACAACAACAACCACAAUCUCAACAGCAACCAUUUUAUUCUCCAUACCAAUCACCUCCUUCAUCUAGCCAUGGAAAUAGACCAAAAACGCCAAAGAUCAUUUCAACACCAGAAGGUUAUAUCAUUUCAUCUGAUGAUGGUAGCCGUUUGGUUGUUUCUCCUCCAAAUACAAGCAUUUCAUCUUUAUCUUCUAUGGUUGACGAUAAUCAUCAUAAUCAACCUCCUUUGGUUCCAAAUUUCUCAUCAUUUCAACAACAACAACAACUUAGACAAUUACAACAACAACAGUUACACCAACAACAACUAUUACAACAACAACAACAACAACAACAGCAACAACAACAGGUACCAACCCAUCAACAACAAUCCCAAUCAAGACCACAAACACCAAUUUAUUUAUCUCAACAACAACCACAAAAUCCAAUCGAUUUAAUGUCAAAUCGAAGACUAAACUCUGCACAAAAUAUGAAACUUUCGGUUAGUAGUCCACAGUUAGGUCGUGAUGUAAAUAGCUCAAACAACAAUAAAAAUAUUAGCAAUAAUAAUAAUAAUAAUAACAACAAUAAUAAUAAUAAUAAUAAUAAUAAUAAUAAUAAUAAUAAUAAAAACAACAAUAUAAAUAAUAAUAGUGAACCUAAAAAACCAAAAUUUCCUUUAGAAGAUGAAAAACUCGAUAGAGAUCAAUUGAUUAAUGAAUACAAAGAGAGUUCUCUUCGUUUAGAUUUAUUUGUCAACUCUUUGGAUGAAUAUGAUCAACAACAAAGAGAUAUAAGCGAUAUCGACAAUUAUAUUUACAAUCUAUGUUUAUGUAAUAACUUGGAAAAACACGAUUCUAAAGAGGAUGAGAUGUUAUUUGAUCCAAAUUUAUAA